UCCAAAGCAGAGCGUGGAGAGAGAGAGAGAGAAUGAGUGAGAGAUGCAGAGGCGAGGGAGAGAGAGAAGGUUUUGACGAAGCAGCAAUCAGGCAACGAAACCCAUCAUGAGCCAUCCCCUUUCUCUCCGGCGACGAAAACGGGGCUUCAUUUUCUCCGAUUUCAUUCUUUAUUGUUUUUGUCUUUAAAUUUGAACUGAGGGCGAGGAGAGAAAGAGGGAGAGUGCUGAGGAAAGAGAUGCAGAAAGAAUGGCCGGAGGGGAAAAAUAGUGAGAAAAGGCUUCCAUGAAAACCGUAGGUGACGAGACCCACCGCAAGCCACCACCUGGCUGAAUCCAUCACCUUUCUCUCCGGGAUGAAAAAUGACCUUCUUGCCUUCCUGAGCCACCGCCUGGCUGAAUCCAUCGAUUCUCUGCUCGCAAAUCGCAGGCCAGACUAGGGCAAAAAUCUGCCAUGAUGAGCUACAUAUACCAAUGGAGGAUCCAGACUGGCCAAGCUUUUGGAUAAAGCAGACAAGUCUAAUUGAUGCGCGGCAUAUAUGGAGGAUUUCUGCAAAAUUUGGUCGACCAAAUGGGAUUAUGUGAAAUCCAUUGAAGUCCAAUACAAGUUGAUGCCCUCAACCUAGUUGAAUCCAUCCCUCCUGGAUUGUUGUUCGAAAAAUUGAUGGCUGCCAUUUUCAUAGGUAAGUUAUUUUGAUUGCCGAGCAGAACGAAUUACUUGUUUUUGUCCGAUUUCGGGUCUUCAUUUUCUCUGAUUUCAUUCUUUAUUGUUUUUGUCUUUAAAUUUGAACUGAGGGCGAGGAGAGAAAGAGGGAGAGUGCUGAGGAAAGAGAUGCAGAGAGAGUGGCCAGAGGGGAAAAAUAGCGAGAAAAGGCUUCCACGAAAACCGUAGGUGAGGAGACCCACCGCAAGCCACCACCUGGCUGAAUCCAUCGAUUCUCUGCUCGCAAAACGCAGGCCAGACUAGGGCAACAAUCUGCAAUGAUGAGCUACAUAUACCAGUGGAGGAUCCAGACUGGCCAAGCUUUUGGAUAAAGCAGACAAGUCUAAUUGAUGCGCUACAUAUAACAAUGGAGGAUUUCUGCAAAAUUUGGUCGACCAAAUGGGAUUAUGUGAAAUGCGUUGAAGUCCAAUACAAGUUGAUGCCCUCAACCUGGUUGAAUUGUGAUCCCUCGUGGAUUGUUGUUCGAAAAAUUGAUGGCUGCCAUUUUCAUAGAUAGAGGACUCAAGUGUUUGUUCUCUGCAGAUAGCUUUCUAGCUGGGCAAUCCUGUUUUCCAUACUUUCAGGUGUAUGAGACACUGGCAGGGGUUAAAGUUGAAGGGAAACUUCCAGUCCUUGACAAAGAUAUUGUUUUGAGAUCUAUUCCAACUGAGUGGCCAACUGAUCCCAUCAAAGAUAUCUGCAGACUGGAUCAGAAUGCUUCAAAGACUUUGGUUGUUCUGGAUGAUGACCCAACUGGAACUCAAACUGUUCAUGACAUUGAAGUCCUAACAGAAUGGAGUGUCGAAUCACUUGUUGAUGAACAGUUUGAAAGAAAACCUAAAUGCUUUUUUAUCUUGACUAAUUCCAGAUCACUGAGUUCAGACAAGAAACUGCAGCUUGUUAAAUCAGUUGAGAACAUAGGCUAUACAGUGGUAUUGAGAGGAGAUUCAACACUUCGUAGUCACUUUCCAGAGGAAGCGGAUGCAGCUGUUUCAGUGCUGGGUAGGAUGGAUACAUGGAAUGUUUGCCCUUUCUUUCUUCAAGGAGGACGCUUUACCAUUGAUGAUGUACACUAUGUGGCAGAUGCUGAUAUGCUUGUUCCCACAAGAGACACUGAAUUUGCUAAAGAUGCUGCCUUUGGGUAUAGAUCUUCAAACCUCUGUGAGUGGGUUGAGGAGAAAACUAAAGGUCGGGUACCAGCCAGCAGUGUUGCAUCUAUUUCCAUUCACCUAUUGAGAAAAGAGGGACCAAGUGCUGUUUGUGAACAUCUUUGCAGGUUGAACAAGGGUUCAGUAUGUAUAGUUAACGCAGUCAGUGAAAGAGACAUGGCCAUAUUUGCAGCAGGAAUGAUCCAGGCGGAACUGAAGGGGAAACAUUUUUUAUGCCACACAGCUGCUAGCUUUGUUUCUGCUCGAAUUGGAAUAAGGCUGAAUUUCUAGAAGUCCAACUGAAUUGAGGAUUCUUCUUUUGACGGGAAAUAUUAGAAAAAAGAGAGGCUCCUUGCUGUCCCAUAUCAGUGAAAACUCGUUUUGCUGCCCACAUAUAAGAAGGUUACUUCCUUGUUGGACUCCAGCUCUUUUAAAUAAUAACAGACUUCUUUUUCUUUUCUUUUUGUAGAGCAUAGGGUAUCCACGGUUGGGAAUCAUAAUCAGAUUAGGAAUAGAAAAGAUUUACCUGCUGCAUAUGAGUUUCAAUCACAACUAAAUUGCUGAGAUUUUGGCUGAAAUUAUAUCAAAGACGUUGAGCUGGCUAUGCUGCUGAACCAUUAUGCAAUGAUGUUGUAUUGAAUCAAAGUCUAGAAGCUGACUCACCAUUCCACUA